AUGCUCCCUGAUGCCACAAUUGACAGAGCAGCUGACAAGCUAGCUGAGUUCCGUAGAGACAACGCUCUCAAUGACCUCCUGGACCAAUAUUCUGUUCUCAUAGAGGACUACAGGCGUCUCAAGAGCGACUACGAAGAAGAACGUGAAGGCAGAGAACGAUACAAGCAGCUCGCGCGUGGCCAGGAGCGUAACCCUUUCGCUCUUGUCGUCGUUGAUGGCGAUGGAUACAUCUUUGAUGAACGAUUUGUCAAAGACGGUGAAGAAGGAGGUAGCAGAGCCGCAAAGCAACUGAAUGAUACUAUCAAAGAUAGUCUGCGUCGCAAAGGCCUCGAAAGCUGUGAGGUCAUGGUUCGUGUCUAUGCCAACCUCACCGGACUUUCCAAAGCGCUAUGCAAAAACGGUCUCGCGGGCGCUGAGAAGCGAUCUCUAUCAUCUUUCACCGCUGGCUUCAACAGAUCUUAUGGCCUCGCCGACUUCAUCGACGCUGGUGAAUUAAAGGAGAAUGCCGACUUCAAACUCAAGGCUAUUCUUCGCCUUUACGCGGAUAAUGCCCAGUGCAAGCACAUUUACUUCGCCGCCUGCCAUGAUGUGGGCUAUGUUUCGGAUCUCACUCCCUUUAGGGGUAACCGAGAGCGGUUCACGCUUAUCCGAACACCAAGUCUGUUGUUCCACAAGGAGUUUGAACGACUUGGAAUGAACGUCGAAGAACUGCCCGGCGUGUUCCGUCUCACGCCUCUUCAAUAUGCCUAUACUACUGCACUGGGCAAGGCGACCCUUAACUCGACUCUCAGCGGUAGCAAAAAUAAUUCUACAUACAGUACCCCCGUGUCGACAAAAGAAAACAAAAAUGAAGGCAAAGCAGUAUGCACCUUUUACAUGCAGGGUAAUUGCCGUUAUGGCAGCACCUGCAAGUUUGCCCACGACAGCAAAGCAUCCAGCCAGAAUAGCACACCUUCGUUGUCGUCUAUGAGCAACAGCACAAAAAAUGAAAGAAACUUUAGCGGCGACUGGCGACGAAGCUCAAACGUACCUAACGGCGCCAAACUAAACAUUGACUCACUUCCAAAGAAGGAAGAUAUCCCAGAUGGCAUGGUACCUGUCAACGCACUAGGAGAUCGUCUCGAUAUUUAUUUAACUCCACCCGACCCCGACGCUGUCAGACGUCUCAAAAUACUCUCUCAAGACCGCAGGUUCUGCAAUAACGCACAAUUGUAUGGAAAGUGUGACAACAAAACCUGUGAAUACGAACACACACCCAUUGCUGCGGACCUGGUACCAGCCCUGGAGCAUCUAGCUCGAUCCGUACCUUGCUCCCGCCGAGGAGGUUGCCGGCGCGGAAAUUGCGUACAUGGCCAUGUCUGCCAGAAGGUUGACUGUCGUCACCGUGUUGGUGGGAAGGGAUAUUGUCGAUUCCCCUCCAAGGUAUGCAUGGCGGACUACACAGUUUGUACCCUGGUACCAAGCGAUGAUAAUCCUGUCGCAUCGCCCUCUAUGGCAUCUGAGGAUGCAUACAAUCCUGAUAAUGGGGGUACAAAUCUAUAG